AAGUUUAAAAAUGUUUUGUUAGGAAAUCAAACAGUUGAUUACUUUAUUUGAGUUUGUCCCGAUAACAUCAACUUAAGUUUUAUGUGGGUCCAAUCCUCUGCACCCACAACUAGAACCGAAACUUGCACUUGUCUUCCACCUAAGCAACUUUUCCAAGUGAAAAACCCCAUAGCCGAAGAACGCGAAGAGUGAAAGAAGUGUUCAUGUCACUCAGACACGGAGCAACGACCAUAACCCAUGUCUUCCUUCUCAACUAGCUUGCUUCCCUUCUCUCGAUCUGCGGCGGUUCCUCCUCCGAUCUCCGCUGCCGCCGCCGUCCCUUCUAGUUUUCCGGUCUCAGCAAGAGACUAUGGUUCCUUGAGAAAUGGCAGUCUAGUGCUCUAUGGAGGAGGCUCAAAUAUUUGCCGAAGGUUUUGCGGCUUGAAGCUUUGGAUAAUCAAGAGCUUGAAUCUGAGGCAAGGCAACCGAAAACAUCAGCUUGUGAAUGAGCUCAAAACUGUAUCGAAACAUGAAAAUGAUCACCUGAAAACACAUUCAGAGCAAGAAUUGCUCAGUGAGGAUCAGAUUCAGCAAAGAGAUUCACUGUUAUCUCCAGAUUCUGCAGAGGAAACUACUGGUACUGCAUUGGGAAAAGAAGAGAGUUUACAAGAAAAUAAUCGAACUGAUGGUUCUGAGAAAGUGCAGAAACAAUAUUUGGAUGAUUUCACAGGUGCUGAAAGAGGGGCCUCACUAUGCAUUGCUGUUAUAGGAGCAACUGGUGAGCUUGCAAGAAGGAAGAUCUUUCCUGCACUCUUUGCUUUGUAUUAUAGCGGCUACCUUCCCGAGGAUGUUGGCAUAUUCGGUUAUUCCAGAAAGAAUUUGACAGAUAAAGACCUCAGAUCCAUCAUAGCAUCCACGUUGACUUGCCGCAUUGAUCAUCAACAAAAUUGCGAGGACAAGAUUGAUGCUUUUCUCAGUAGAACUUACUACAUAAAUGGAGGUCAUGACAACAAGGAUGGGAUGUUUCGUCUUAAUGAGAGAAUGAAGCAGAUUGAGGGCGGAUCAGAAGCAAAUAGGAUCUUUUACCUCUCUGUCCCGCAAGAAGCGCUCAUGGAUGUGGCAUGCACCCUUUCGGAGAGUGCCCAGGCCAUAAAAGGCUGGACUCGUAUAAUAGUUGAGAAACCUUUCGGUUUUGAUGCACGCUCUUCUCAUCAGUUGACUAAGUCUCUUCUCUCUAAGUUUCAGGAGAAGCAAAUCUACAGGAUUGAUCACAUGUUAGGAAGAAAUCUUAUUGAGAACCUGACAGUAUUAAGAUUUUCGAACCUAGUUUUUGAACCAUUAUGGAGCAGAACAUACUUACGCAAUGUGCAGAUCAUUGUGUCAGAAUCAGUUGCCCAGAAAGAAAUGUAUUCUGAUGGGUAUGGGAUAAUCCGGGACAUAGUUCACAGUCAUAUACUUCAGACAAUUGCAUUACUUGCCAUGGAACCUCCAAUAAGUCUGGAUGGUGAAGAUAUUCGGAAUGAAAAGGUGAAGGUUUUGAGGUCAAUACGAAAACUGGACCCAAGUGAUGUCAUCCUUGGCCAGUACAAAACCAGUUCUCGGGACAAGGUCGAUGUUACCUUGAACACCAUCACUCCAACAUACUGUGCUGCAGCCCUGUACAUUGACAAUGGACGUUGGGAUGGUGUUCCUUUCCUGAUAAGAGUCGGCACUGGUCUCAUCAAGCACAGAGUAGAGAUUCGGAUGCAGUUCAGACAUGUACCUGGAAACCUUUACCGGGAACGUCUUGGGCUCAACAUAGACUUAGCCACAAACGAACUGAUUCUACGUGACGAGCCCGAUGAGGCCAUCCUGGUAAAAGUCAAUAACAAAAUUCCGGGCUUAGGUCUUCAGCUUGACACAUCUGAACUUAACCUGCUCUAUAAAGACAGGUAUAACGUAGAAGUACCCGAUUCAUAUGAACAUCUUGUUCUUGAUGUUAUCGAUGGGGACAACCAUCUGUUCAUGAGAAGCGAUGAGGUGGCAGCAGCUUGGAGCAUUCUGAAUCCUGUUCUGGAAGAGAUAGACAAGAACAAUACAGCACCAGAGCUGUACGAAUUUGGUGGGCGAGGACCAGUGGGAGCAUAUUAUCUCUGGGCCAAACAUGGUGUACCAUGGGGACAUGACUGAAACAAAAAAAACACAGCAACAAGCAAGAUCAGUCUACAGUUCCUGCAGAUAUUACAAGCAAAUGAGAAGAUAACUGAAAACAGAUCUGAAAUGCAGCUAGGUCAGUAUGGUUCCUGUGAAAUGGUGGGUUUAGUUGGGAACUUUGGAUAUGGGUCAAGAGUGUAGACUUUGGUUAGUAGCCCCGUGUGAUAGAUGAUGUACAUGGUUUCUGUACCUAAUGUACUUAUGCACAUAAGCAUGUUUUCAUGUAUCUACACAUGUUUAUAUUACCGGAUGCAUGUUGACA